AUGACGAUCUGUAGUUAUAACGCACGUACGUUUGCAUCGGAAGCGGCCAUCGAAGAUCUAAUUAUGCAAGCCAAGAAGAUCAAGUAUGACAUCAUCGUACUGACCGAGACGAGACGACGUCACCCUCUCAACGCCGUAUAUGAAACUGGAGAAGAACUGUUCUUAGGAGAAGAAGAAGUCGAAGCUUUCUAUAUGGACCUGGAGAAGUUCUACCGAGAAGAUCAUGUCUUCUACAAGGUAAUUGGCGAUUUCAACGCCAAAGUUGGCCCAAGAAGAACGCCGGAGGAACUUCACAUCGGGACCCACGGCCUACAGUGGAAUGAUCAGGAGGAGAGGCUCUCCGAGUUCAUCAUGACGACUAAGACCAUCCAUGAGAACUCGUUCUGCCUGACGGACGUCGCUGUUGUACCAAAGUUCAAUACGGGAUCGGACCAUCGCCUCCUCCGAGGAAGGUUUUCCUUCACAAGGAGAGCAGAGAAAGCCGCCAAGUUCAGAGAGAGAAAUCCCAGGACUAUCGUCAACUGGGAUCUCUUCGCUACGCUAGCCGGCUUUUGGGAAGAUCCCGCAAUGGACAACAUCGACGAGGAAUAUGACCGGCUUGUUGAACACCUUCACGACUGCGCGAAGAAGGCUGAGAGUUUUAAAACCACCAAGAGACGCCUGUCUCUUGAAACAGUUGAGCUGAUACGCCAGCGUGGAGCAGCACGAGCCGCAGGGAACCAAGAACUCACGUCCGAGCUCGCAAGGCUUUGCGGAGAUGGCGAUAAACGAAGACCUUAA